AGGCUUUUAAAUAGGCGAUGGCAUAAAUCAACCCGCUGUGUGGGGCAGGUGUCUGUUUAUGAGGGUUAGUGGCUGCGCAGUGGCUGCAAUAGUGCGCAUUAAUAUAAUUAGGCUAAUUUAUCAUUUUGAUUAGCCUAUUCUUGGUACGGAGAUCAGCCUUUCAGCAGCUUUGAUGAUGCUGUUGCCUUUAAACGUCUUAAUAUAUCUUUGCUCUACGUGUGGACGAUACUACAUAAGACAUUCCACUUAGAAGCGGGUCUCUGCUGAAGUGAAGGUGACUCGCCUCGGAGUCGUGGUGAUGCAGAGAGGAGCUGCAAGAGCUUCAGUGGUCCUGCGCGCUACGGGUUACUAAGGAAAACACCCGCUGUAACAUCUUAACAGGCUACAACACGGCAACUGUGUAACAUAGAAAGAGUAGCUGCAACAUACGCGGAUACAGGUAAAAUUGACAGCGUGUCCCACAUCAAAGGGAUUAAAGCGUUAGAUGCGUAUGCAUGAGUUCUGCAUCGAAUGGGCGCAAGAACCGCCCCAGAUCAGCCGGGAACAUUUUUCAAAUAAGCAAGCCUUCGUACACGGAGCGCGAGGAUAGCGAAGCCCAAUGCGCCGUUGCAGACUGCAGAAUGAUCGUCCAGGAGUUCAAUACCCUGGUGGCUCUGUAUCGCGAGCUGGUCAUUUCCAUUGGAGAACUGUCAAGGGAUUGUCCCUCACUUCGAGCAGAGAUGCACAAGACCCGCAUUAAGGGCUGUGAGAUGGCACAAACCGCACACCAGCGCCUAUCAGCCAUAUCCUGCCCUGAGGAUGGCGAGAUCCAGCCUGAGAUCUGCAGGCUCUUCAUCCAGCUCCAGUGCUGCCUGGAGAUGUACAUCACUGAGAUGCUCAAGUCGGUCUGUCUGCUGGGAUCCUUGCAGAUCCACAGGAAAGGUAAGAAUUCCUCUGUUCUUCAGAGGAUGGAGAGCAGGGUGGAGGACGCCUCGGACAUCCCCAUGUUAGAGGACACAUCCUCCUCCCCUGUGGAAAGCUCUCAGGCUGCUCUUCUCGUAGUCACUGAUAUUGACAACUCAGAAAGGGACAUGAGAGAGAUGAAGAACCUUCUAAGCAAACUCAGGGAGACAAUGCCUUUACCACUCAAGAACCAAGAUGACAGCAGCUUGCUGAACCUGACUCCCUUUCCACUGGUUAGACAGAGGAAGAGGCGAUUCUUCGGGCUGUGUUGCCUCGUCUCGAGCUAAGAGGCCCUUCCAGACACGGCAGGAUAAUAACACCAUCCUCAAUAAUCCUUUAGUACCUGUCACUCCUCACUCGAUAUACAGUAUACUGCCAUUUCCUGUGCUUUUUUUUUCUCUGCUUAACUCAAGUUUUAGUCUAUAUGAACAUAACUGUAAUAUAACAAAUAGUCCAAAACAAAUAGUCAUUAACUUAAAUGUAGUAUGACAUUUGGCGAAUGAAAGAUGUGUAUUUCUGAAAGGGAAAACAAAAAAAACGUCUCCAAUUUAGCACCAGUGAUGCGAUACAGGGAAGCAGGAUGUAUUUAUAUUGCAAUUAGGAGUGUUCGCAAUGCAGAUUUAUUUUUCAUUGAGCACCCAGGCAAAAGUUGUUAGAUUCAAGGGUAUUUGUGAAAAAGAGUCACAGCUAAAUCUGUAAUCAUGUUGAUAUUUUUUUUCUUUAGAAUCCUGUCUGUCAUUCAAAUAUCUCCCCAUUUCAUAAUUUUGAUAAAUGUUUUCAUUAGACUAUGUGGAUAGAUUGACUGAGAUGGAUUGAAAAGGGACCAAACUAAUUUCAAAUGCAGGCUACAACAGAAACCUGCAACUGAAGCCUACAACCGAAGGUAACCAAAUGUAAUUCAACAUAUGUUUAGCUCGCUCAUGUGCGACAUCAUUGACACACAGACAUUUUAGUUUUAGACAUCAUGGAAAUAAGAUGCUAUAUUUCCAGUCAACUGUAAGACACAAUGCAGAAUCCUUUAACUUAAAUCAUAAGGCUUAAGUUAACACCAUAACAGAAAUACAGAGCGUAAUGACACCUCUAAUAUCUGAGAAAUAUCGCCCUACAUCACACAAAAAGUGUGCAUUUCGCAAGGUAAGCACUAGACUACAGUUGAUUCAACUAACUCUUGUGGAUGUAGGAGUGUCAUAAUCCUGACAUUUUCUGUCUAGCUGUCAAAACUCUACCGGGCAGUGACUGUAGGUUAGUAACAAGUAUGUCAGUCUAACAGCACAGCAAUGGCUACAAUUCUAUUCCCAAACUCUGUUAUGGGAGAGUUUUUUAAUGUUGAAGGAGCUCAGAAACCUCUUCUGAAGGCCUCAGAUGACAUAGAGGUAAGGAUACAUAUUUAUGAGCACACCAGAAUUAUUGAGCUGGGCUUUUGAACUCACUGACGGCACAUAAAAGGGGGUUGAACCGUGAGCUGAACUAUAUUAUUUUAUUAUAAUUUUUUGGAGCUAUAAAUAUACUUUAGUCUUCCAUGAACCGAGAACCUGUAUGAAGAUCUUUCUUUCCCCAGUUCUGGGUGAAUAAAAUACCUGCAAAGCCUUUGUGCAUAGACAUGAAACAGUAAUAGCAGAGCACUCAAGACAAAUUUUUAGAGUUCCUUCUAAAGCCAGAGAUGGGUUUGAGGUGACAGGAUAGCCUCCACCUGAUGCACAGACUGAACGUGCACAGCAUGGGUCUUGCUUCUUAUCAAUAACUGCUUCCAGUAUGGCAAGGCAUGGUAAAGGUUUCUGUAGUGCAAACAAAAGCUCUGUCAUUUUACAUUGGUAAUAAAAUACUGUUUUUUAUUUACAACAGAA